GCAGGCUUCCUGAGAACCACGUGAUCAAAGGGCUCAGCUGUGUGGCCAGACAAGAGGCCGCUGCACUCCCUCAGUGAGCCCUGCUGUUCUGUGGAAGCCAUGAAACUGAACGAGAGGAGUGUAGCCCACUAUGCACUGAGUGACUCUCCAGCGGACCACACAGGCUUCCUGCGCACCUGGGGGGGCCCAGGGACCCCACCCACCCCCAGUGGCACUGGCCGAAAAUGCUGGUUUGUCCUCAAGGGCAACCUGCUGUUUUCCUUUGAGAGUCGUGAGGGCCGGACCCCACUGAGCUUGGUGGUGCUGGAGGGCUGCACAGUGGAGCUGGCCGAAGCUCCAGCUCCGGAGGAGUUUGCCUUCGCCAUCUGCUUUGAUGCCCCUGGAGUGCGUCCACACCUGCUGGCGGCAGAUGGGCCGGCGGCCCAGGAGGCCUGGGUGAAGGCGCUGUCCCGGGCAAGCUUUGGCUACAUGCGCCUGGUGGUCCGUGAGCUGGAGAGCCAGUUGCAAGAUGCCCGUCAGAGCCUGGCCUUGCAUCGCUGCUCAUCCUGGAAGGCUGUUGCCAGCCGCUGUAAGCCCCAGGCUCCUGACCGCUGGUCUCCAGGACUGCAGAAUGGCCGCUCCCUCUCCAGGGACUGCAGCCCCGUGGGCUUGGUCGACAUAGCAGGCAGCAGGUCCGCAGGGUGGGGGUUGACUGAGUGGGAGUUGCAGGGCCCUACCAGCCUCCUCCUAGGCAGGGGGCAGAGCCCCGUAUCCCCGGAGACCUGCUGCUUCUCUACCCUGCAUGACUGGUAUGGCCAGGAGAUUGUGGAGCUUCGGCAGAGGUGGCAGCAGAGGGCCCUGGGGAGCCAGCCAGAAUCAGAGGAACAGGAUAGGUGCUGAGCCUGGGACCUUCGAGUUUUGCCCCUGUCCUGCUGGUCAGGACACCAGGGCUAGUUCUUUUUCAGGAGUUAAAUGUUUACUCAUUUCCAAGGUUGCUUUU